AUGGGGACGGGAAGAGGGUGCCGUACAACACGGUGGCGGGGAGGACUUCGAGGGCAGACGUUCCAAAGCCAUCCGAACGGAGAGACACGCCGAGACACCCCUGCCAUCGGGAGCCCUUCGGUCUCAGUAAGUAACUUCAAUGACCCUGAUUUAGAAAUACCGGAUGGUGUUUCAGGCUCGGUUGCGAAUUCGGCUGAAAAGGUGGAGGGCCCAGGGACGCAAGAGGCGAAGGAGUCGGUAAACGACUCAAAGGACCAGGAGAGACCGGACGUGUCGUCAACAUUGAGUAAUCUGUUUGCCGGACUUCCGACUUUGGCGGGUCCCCAACGCCUCGCCAACUCCCUCAGGCAGAAAUUCGCCAAUAACUCUGAGGGAUGGCGAGACUCAGUGUUGGGGGCUUCCCGUCGUUUAUUGGUGACUCUUGGCAGUCUCUCCAGGGACAGUUCGCCAUGUCCUGCCCGGAGCGAAGACAGACUACCGAGUCUUCCGGUUCCGGAUCUGGAGACGACGAUGCAAAAGUACCUGACCCAGGUUGAGGUGGUCGCUCCGGAUCAUUUGGAGAAGAAUAGGACCUUGGUCAGGGCUUUUCUGUCUGGUCCUGGUCCUAAGCUUCAGCAACGACUUCUGGAACGCAAACAGAAGGUGAACAACUGGGCAACUGCAUGGUGGUUAAACGACAUGUACCUUUCUAUUCCUCUGCCACUACCGAUUAAUGUCAACCCCGGCCUCGUAACGAAACCGAGAACAUUUUCAAACCAGAAAGACGCUGCUGUGUUUCUCGCUCGAUUUCUUACCGAACUUCUUAAUUACCAGGAAUUAUUAGAUAGUUGCGGUUUGGAAGUACAACGUGUAAAAUCGAAAGACGGAAAAUCGAUGCAACCGCUCUGCAUGGCGCAACAUUAUCAAAUGUUUCGGAUCUAUAGACGACCAGGAACAAACGGCGACGAACAACUUAUACUUGAUAGAGCUACAUCUGGCGACCAUAUCAUAGUUGCUCACCAUAAUCAGUUCUAUAGCGUACCAGUGAGGGCUCCCGACCGCGGUCGAAUAACAGAAUCAGAACUGGUCCAGCAAAUUCUAACCAUCAUGGAGGCUAAAGCUGAUCCAAGAACACCUCCAGUUGGCGUACUCACAACUGCUGAGAGACCUGUUUGGGCCAGAGCUAGAGAGGAGUUGUUGAAGAAUGAACGAAACCGUCACAACCUCGAGCUGUUAGAGAAAUGUUUGUGCGUCGUAUGCGUCGAUGACGAUGUGCUACCAGCGACGUUCAACAAUCCUUACAACAAGGAGGAUCGAUGGAUCGGCGAUCGCGAUUACGCCAAUGUGCUCCACCAUGCGCUGCAUGGCGGGGGCUCGAGGCACUUGGGGGCGAAUCGCUGGUUCGAUAAGACUGUUCAUCUUAUACUUGGCAAGGACGGCUUAUGGGGAUUGACUUACGAGCACUCGGCAGGUGAAGCAGCAUCGAUAUUCGACGCCUUCGAAGAACUGACAGCGAAAGUGGACGCCAUGCCACCUCCGGAAGAGAACACGAUACCGUCUCAUUUACCAGCGCCGGAGAAACUCACGUGGCAGUUGUCUGAGCAGAGUCUGAAUGAUAUUAGAGACGCUAUGACAUCGUUUGACGCGUUGGUGGAGGACUUGGAUCUCUGUAUUUUGUGGUUCAAAGACUACUCGAAGGAGUUUAUUAAAUCUUGCAAGAUCAGCCCUGACGUUUAUAUUCAGUUGGCGUUGCAGUUCACGCACUUCCGGUUACACGGUAACCUGGUGGCGACAUACGAGAGCGCAGGCAUCCGAAGAUUCGCAUUUGGAAGGGUGGAUUGUAUCAGGGCCGCCAGCCCGGAGGCCCUAGCCUGGGCAAAGGCGAUGUGCCAGGGGGAUCCCGAAACCACGAAUCAGCAGAACAGCAACUCAGACGAAGGCACCAAAAGAGUUCAGUUCACCAUUUACAGUCAAGAAAGAAUCAAGGAGCUGUUUGACCUGGCGGUGCAGAGGCAGACCAAAGAGAUGAACGAUAACAUAACUGGUCAGGGAAUCGACAACCACUUAAUGGGCCUCCGUUACACUGCCAAAGAAACCGGAGAACCGAUGCCGGAGAUCUUCACGAACCAGGCUUACGAGAUCGUUAAUCAUUUUGCCCUUUCGACGUCGCAGGUAACCACAAAGAACGACGCGAUCGUAGGAUACGGUCCAGUGGUGCCUGACGGUUAUGGCUGUGCAUACAACAUCAGAAACAACGGCGUCAUAUUUUCCGUAUCCGCUUUUCACGGCGAUGGCAGAACGAACGCAACUCGCUUCGCUCGCACGCUCGAGCAGAGCCUCCGGGACAUGGCGGCCAUGUUGAAACAGGCGGGCCAACGAUAAGGAAAGUACUAGAAUAAGAAAUCGGAAAUGAGACGAGUCGAGCUUGUCCACGAAAGUAUUUAUCGUAGUAUGAAUCGUAGAAAGAAAUGUUUGCCUACUUGCCGGUU